UGUGGUAGUACAUCGUUGUAGAAGAGAGGAAAAAGGAACGUGUAAACCGUCCAACUGGAGUAGGAAACUAUGCGGAAGUCAAAGGGAAAGGAUUCGGAAGUUGAUCGGUUCACACAGAAGACACCCACAUGGGAUGAAGUUUCCUACAAAGCAAACGCGUUAAUUAUACAAAACCUACCUAAGCCACACCCACACACCGCGGCUUUCCAAUUCCUCGGCAAUAUAUAUAUACAAUAUACACCCACAUAUAUACUAUAUAUAUACAUAUAAGCCUCCUCUUUCUAGUUCAGAUACAUAUCUAGCACUACUUGAUUUUCUCUCUGAUUUUCCACCCUCCGAUCAGACAUGGCAGAGAAGCAAUCCCUGAAUGGUGCCUACUACGGCCCCUCAAUCCCACCGACACGCAAAUCCUACCACCGCCACGGCCGUGGCAGUGGCUGCUGCGGCUGCUGCGGGUGCCUUUUCGGCUGCCUCUGCGAGUGCAUCUUCGGCCUCAUUUUCAAAAUCGUCUUCACUAUCCUCAUAAUCAUUGGCCUCGCCGCGCUCGUUGUCUGGCUCGUCCUCCGCCCCAACAACCUCAAGUUCCACGUCACCGACGCCUCUCUCACGCAGUUCAAUUUCACCGCCAACAACACGCUCAACUACAACAUGGCGCUCAACAUCACCGUCAGAAACCCCAACAAGCGGAUUGGGAUAUACUACGACACCAUCCAAGCCAAUUCUUACUACCAAGACCAGAGAUUUGACACGAUGGAUUUGACGCCGUUCUACCAGGGGCACAAGAACACGAGUGUCUUGAGCACCCUAGUCGAUGGACAACAAGUGGUGUUGCUGGGAACUAGCGAGCAAUCCAAUUUCAAUUCGGAGACGACCGAUGGGAUCUACAGUAUCGAUUUGAAGAUCAACCUUAAAAUCCGGGCGAAGGUGGGUUGGAUCAAGAUUGGGAAGUUCAAGCCGAAGAUCAAGUGUGGGUUAAAGGUUCCUUUGACUAAUGGGAAAUCGGCAGGUAGCUUUGAGGCUACCAAAUGCAGUUUGGAUCUCUGAUCAUCACAGCAGGCCUCAAACAUGUUUGUUUGACUGGGUCUUUGAUGUUUUUCUUUCUAGUAUAUUUAGUUAACUACCAUACCUUUGUCUUUAUUUUUUUUAUUUUUUUGAGCAUAUAUAUGUUUUUUGUCAUUGAGUUUAUUUGUCAGUUUCAUUGGUAAAUAAAUAAAAUAU